CGUUCAAUCCUUCCACGUGCUCUGUAUCCUCACUACUAGCAACCGUAUCCCCUCGUUCUCUCGCGAUCCCUCAUCCCCUUCCCUUAGCACGACUCAAGAGCUCGCGGCGCGAACGGCGCAUGAGAAGAACUCGACUACAAUGGCAUUAUCUUCGGAGAUAUCCCGCCCUCAGAUACAGCGUGGAUGACCGAUUGCGCUACACGUCUUCCCCGCUUUCUCUUGCCCCUGCUCGCUCUCAACUACUCGAAAGUCUUCUUCUUUUGAGAGGAUGUGCAGCGGAGCGUCGAGGAGUCCUGGAAAGGAUUUUCGGAGCACACACAGCUCCCUUCUGCAUCCUGGAAGCUUCUGCCGACGCGCAUGAUCGAGGGUAUGUUUGGCAUCAUUUCAUGCUUGGGUCUCUUCAGAUACUUGAUAUCCGCCGACGUGCUGAAGCUAGAGGAGCGGGGUUAUACCUAGUGAUGGACCUACUGAACAUAAAGUAAGACAAUGCGCGGCACCCGGAUGCUCAACUUCCUCCGCCAAUCCCCAAACCUGGGCGUUGAUGUUGAGACGGCAUGUUGACGCCGGUUACACGCGUCUGCUAGGCGUGAGCGCUCUUGCCACUGUGGCCUCCGAUAAGAUAUGGUCCAUAUUCCCGCAUCU